CCGCACCUCUUAUUUUCACAAAAGAUAGUGUGGGAUAUAUAACAGGAAACGCUAAUAACAAUUCCCAGUCCCAGGAGAUCCACUACUUCUAGUCCCAGCUUUCAUGCUUAUUCCAGCAAGACCAGAAGCAAGCUGUCCACCCGCCAUGGGCAGCAUCGCCCCUGAUGGAGUUGGAGCCAGCGUCGAGAGAUCAAUCGGGAUGGAAGAGGCUGCCGCUUUCGACCGUGUGGCGGAGAGAAAGAAGGCUGCUGUGUCAGCAGGGUUGAUGUGGAAGCCGCCGGCGGCCAUGGUGCUGGUGCAGCUGAUCAUCACGGGGCUGAUCAUGCUGUCCAAGGUGGUCAUCAGCCGCGGCAUGUUCAUCUUCGCGCUCCACGCCUACCGCAGCGCCUUCGGCACCAUGUGCAUCCUACCUUUCGCAAUGUUCUACGAGAGGGGGAAGUGGAAGGAGUUGAACUGGCGAACCUUGGGAUGGAUCUGCCUCAACUCGUGCAUAGGGUAUGCGAUGCCAACGUGCCUAAACUAUUAUGGUCUCCGGGAUACUACACCAUCCUAUGCCGCCAUCUUUCUCAAUAUAAUUCCUCUCAUAACCUUUAUUUUAUCCACCGUUUUGAGAAUGGAGAAAUUGCAAUUCCGUACUGCGACGGGAUCACUGAAGGUAGUAGGAGUCCUGCUUGCCGUAGGAGGCACGAUGCUGGUAAGCCUUUACAAGGGCAAGGUACUGCAUCUUUGGGGUUCCAGUUUACGGCACCAAAGAUAUGAGCAGCCACAUACUGCAAAGCACCAUGUAAGAGGAACAAUCCUCUUGCUAGGCAGCAGCUUCACCUUUGCAUCAUGGUAUCCGAUUCAGUCAAUGGUCAACAAAGUUUAUCCGCAUAAGUAUUGGUCAUCCACGGCGACAUGCUUUCUUGGAGGACUUCAGACAACAUUAAUUGGAAUAAUACUGAGACGAGAUAGGAAUACAUGGAAGCUUGGAUGGGAUCUACAACUUCUAACCAUUGUGUACACGGCGGUACUUGCAACAGCAGUAAGAUACAACCUGGAGUCAUGGGCCGUUGCCAAGCGAGGCCCAGCGUUUCCAACAAUGUUUAUCCCUUUAAUAACUGUGUUCACUACCGUGUUGGACUCCAUAUUUUUAGGGGCUGCCAUUACCGUUGGAAGCCUCCUUGGUGCAGUAACCGUAAUUGCAGGGCUCUAUGUUUUCCUAUGGGGAAAAUCGAAAGAGCUGCCCACAAAGUAGAUAUUACCAAAAGGAUGGAAUUGUAUUUUUAUACUGUUAGGUAUAUGAUUCAUUGUUAAGUUAAUUUAUAUAUGCAACAGGCGUAUCAAAUAAUCAGUUACUUAUAUUGAUUUUAUUCGAUGAGGCAUCCGCAGCUUACUAGCAA